AUGUUCAAGCUCAGUGAGGCGGGCAUGCCCGAGGAUCCAUCCUAUCCGCGAGACCUCUCGCAGCUUGGAUACUUCAUCGACGAACGAUCCGAGAUCAGAACUAUCAAGCCGCCUCACUACUACUACAACUUCUGGCUUUCCAACAAUGAUCGAGUCAACGAGGCUUUCCGCGAGUCCAUGCAUGCCUGCAUCAACGACGAAGUCGCACGCCGCAUGACAGCUUUAGGCAUGCCGCCGUUGUAUUUGCCUCAGCAGACGAGCGAGAAGCCGCAUGGCGAACCCAAUGUCCCUAUCUUCGUCACCAAAAAGGAAGAUAUGAGCAAGCAGAAGAGGAUCACGGUGGUGAUCAACGAGGAUUGCCAGGAUCUUGGCCUCCUGGCGUACCGUAUCGCCAGCAAGGAACUUGGCCUAGAGGCAGGUUCGGUGGUUUCACUUGCCAAGGCCCUGGUCAGCUGCGAGCCUACUGAAGUCCCUGCGCUCCCUACCCAAGGUUCUGCUGAGAACGAAAAGCAUGAUCUAAAGGAGAGCCUCAUCUCUAAGCCCGGCGCACAGAACGGCCCGGAGUUGCCCAUAGCAAGCAAAACGCCUGUCACAAGCACUGAGAGCGUCCCUUUCAAGGUUUCGGAGAACUGGCAGGCCCCGGGUUUGGUCGUGCUCAACCCAGGACAGCUUGUCUACUCAUACCAUCUCGACAAGGCCGUCAGCAACCAGUCUUGGGAUUCGCAGCCACGGAAGUCAGCUGUGCACCCGGUCCCCAAGAUUCACCCUGUUCACAAUAGGAUCAAUGGUCAUAGCACCGUUGCCGAGCACAUCAAGUCGACCUUUGAAACGAUCCUCAACAACCCGAACUGGGUAGCACCUGAUGCCAAGUUCGACAUGAUUGGCAUUGGUAAUGGCGGCAAUGCUCUGCUACAAGUCCUCAACGAAGAGUGGCCCAAGUAUGAGCACCGUGUUGCGGCCAUUGCCUUGACAGACCCGACGCCAAUCCAGGAGGUCUUCACCAACCAGAAGUUCGUCAACUUCCUACGUGACCGUGCUCGUGCAUUGGUCCCAUCCUCGGAGCCGUUCAGCACGCCACUUGCUGUCCCUUCGACGACUUCCAGUCCUCUUCCUGCCCACAGCUCCGACUGGGGCUUCCACUACUAUCCUAUCUUGUCUUCUGGCGAGCGAGUCUUUGGCGAGAUCAUCCUGCCCAUUGCUUGUCGCGCAGUUCUUGCCUGGUUCGACGCUGUUGCGGCUGCUGCGAACUACCGUAACCCGGAGUUCCGGGUUCCUGAAGUUCCUGAGGGCGUGCAGGUCUUUGACGCCACGGAAGAGGACAAGGAGUAG